CGCCGGCGAGGGAGAGGUGGUCAUCGCUGGUUAGAAAGGAUGUUGGUAUCAAGGUGGUGGUGAUUGGUGGCAAGAGGGAAGAUGGUAGUGAAGUACUAAAGGCAUGAUGGUCCAUUAUUUGAAAUGUUGGUGGUAAUGAUAAAUUUUAUUGGCGGUAUUUAACACCUCUAUGAUGGCAAGAUAGAUUAAUAGUCAAAGGUGGAUUACAAUGUUGCAAGAGGUAGCAACUAUGUAGGGGUAGUUUUAAAAUAAACAAAAACUAUUAAAUAAGUGAAAAAUACCAUUAAAUGCAUUACACCUUGGUGAAUAUAAUUUUUUUUUUAACAAAAUAUUUGUUUGUUUGUUCCUUUUUUUUUUUUUUUUUCUAAGAAGGUUUCCAUUAAAAAAAAUAAAUUUGUAAUUCGAGUAAACAUUAAAUAAGGUCAGGACUGCAGGAGGGGUAGUGCAACUGUGCAAAUGACAGAACUAAAAAAAUAAAGAGUUCAUCUAAGUUUACAGUCGUAACUUCGAAGUCAGCUGCUGGGAGUUCUCGCAUCGUUAAUCUUACAGAGUUCCACUCUCUCUCCUUCGCACAAACAUAGAGAUACGAGAGUGAUGAAGCCAUUAGGUUGGUGGCUGAUGUUGGUGGGUUCAUUGCGUUUAGCGUCUGUUUGGUUUGGCUUCUUUGAUAUUUGGGCUCUUCGUCUUGCUGUUUUCUCACAAUCUGACAUGACUGAAGUUCAUGGGAGGACCUUUGGAGUUUGGACUCUUCUGACUUGCACACUCUGUUUUCUUUGUGCUUUUAAUCUUGACAACAAGCCUCUCUACCUGGCAACAUUUUUAUCGUUCAUAUAUGCUCUUGGUCAUUUUGUGACUGAAUACCUAAUCUAUCACACAAUGACGAUAGCAAAUUUAUCAACUGUUGGCUUCUUUGCAGCAUUCCUAUGCACUUAUGUUUGUAGAAAACGUUGUCUAAUCAACCUCUUCACUUUUUUUAACUUUGAAGUAAGGUUCUUGAUUGUGAUAUUGAUACGUUCUUCAUUGCUAUUGGCUUUUUUAAGUUUACUUUUUGUAUGGUCUGCCAGCUGCCUCAUCCAUGUUAACAUAGAGUAAUGUAGGAGAGGUCUAUCUAUACAUUUACAAAGCCUGCUAUAAGGAUUUGUAUACUUUGGAUCCUUUAACAUUACUUGGGGUCUAGAGUAGGGGGUUUCUGCUUUUUGUUUUGUUAUCCCUCCUUUUCCUAUUUCUCCACUCCUUGGCAUGUGAUAUAGAGAAUUUGGUGUGCUAACUUUUAAAUUUGAAAUAUAGUGAGCAUGCCAAGCAGUGACACCCAUAUCAUAUACUAAAAAGUGGUAGAAUUUUCAAACAAGCACUCGUGCCAUACGCCAUUUGACAUUUACCUAUUAAGAUGCAGGACGUCUCAAUUGACAUUAGAUUAGCACACCUGAUUGUGAGAAAUGUCUCUAGGUAGAAUUAUUUGCAAGAUAAGGACACAAAAUUAUUUUGUUUGAUGAUCGCAUACUGACUUAAUGUCUGCUGACUCUGGAGUAUGUAUUUUAUAAAUUAAGCUGAUUUUACUAUAUUAUCCUUUCUUUCACUAUAUAAAUUUUAUUUAAACUCUGUUUUUUUUUUUAAAUUUUUUUUUUUUUUCUGUUAUUAUUUUUUUUUUUAAUAGGCGGUUCUCUUUGUAUGGUUCGUAGUUUCUAUUAGAUUUUUAAGCAGUUGUCUUCACAUUGUUAUUUUGCACUUUGUUGCCUUAUACAGAUGAGUUUGUCAUUUUGUGAAUGCUCAGAAUCGGAAGACGUGCUUGAAAUAAAGCUUUGAAAAGUAGAAAAUCAACCAGCCAUCAUAUUUGUAAGAAAGAUUUUUGAGGUCAUUUUUUCCACUGUCAAUGAUGCUUCAAGAGUAUGUAACGUUUUAGCCAAACAGUAGUUUUUUCUUUUACUAUAGCUGUCUAAGUCCUUAGUAUGAGUAGUUUCUUAGGUUUUGUUUUUUAGGUUGAUAAAAAAUAAGCAAUCACAUGGAAUGUACUCUGCUUAUUGUGAUUGAAGUCAUGGUGGUUUAUCCUACUCAAAGGAGGUUCUCUCAAUAAAGGCAUAGCAAAUUAUCUUUACUAGUUGAAGCUUAAGGCCAUCAA